AUGCAUGUAAACCUCCUCCCAGUAAAUCUGGGCUAUAAGGGAAAAGCUGAAGUUGACAAUAAUUUUGUAUCUGACACAAGUGGUAAAGUGUUGGAUUAUGGUUUUAUGUCAGAUAACUUCAAUGUCUCACAACUGGUCGGUAAUUUACCGGUUUAUGUCGAUGUGAUUGAGAAGGAAGAUAAAUCUCAGUUUGAAAAUGUUGACGAAAUUUUUAAUAAAUCGCAAAAGUCAACAGUGUUAAGAGGAAGGAAGUUGAAAGGGAUGGAAGUUGACUUGAAUAAAUAUGGAUUUAAGGGGUUUCUGGUCGAGGAAAGGGAUGGAUUUUUACCAAUAUCUGAAAUUGACAAGUUAACGUUGUGGAACAACGGGAGUCAAGUUGGGCCUUUGGACAAAUUUAUCCAGGGAAUCCAAUAUGCUUCUGUGGUCAAUAGAGUUCAUUUUGAUUGA